AUGUCUGCUCCUCGUUCAUCUCUCCGCGCUCUCCGCGUGCUCUCGCAGCCCACUGCCCCCUCGGCUCGUCGCUGCCUACACAUAACCGGCGUGCAAUCCGCCCAGCCCGCAAACACAACCGACAAGGCCAUCUCCAAUCAUGAUGUCCUUCAAUCUAGAGCCUUUGCCAUUGCCAUGCGCAGAAUCAACGGCAACGCUUUCUCAGAGUAUGUACCACUAUCCUCCCAACUAUACCUACUCCACCUACUACCCUCUUACUCCCCGCCAAUUCAACACCUCCCGCUCCUCAAAAGCCCGCAACGACACCUCAACCGUCGACCUAGUCUACAUGCCCUCAAUGGCCGACCUAGACGCCGCCCCCUCCACCGCGGCAUCCAAGUCCCGGUCCUCCCCGACCUAUCCUCCCUUCCGGACUUCUCAUCUCCCUCCGCCCCACCCAUGAAGCCCCAGAUCUACACCGUCGCCGGUUCCGGUGCCGACGUCGCCGCCAGCGCUAUGAGCGAGGUCGUCGAUAACCACGCGGUUGAUCUAGACCCGUUCUCGCUUACUGAGGCGGUGGGUCGCUCGCGGGUCGGGGAGGAGAUGAACCGGAGGGAGAGUGGGAGUGGUGUUGCGCAGACUGGUGUUAUUAGGGAGUUGUGGUCUGGGUUUUUGGAUGAUGUUAUGGGGCCUAAGGAGAUAAGGAAGUAGAUCAAUUUCUUCUUCUCACAGUAUAACUACUAUGGUUGGUUUUGUUUCCAUCUUUCCCGUUGACGGGUUGGAUGUGAUGAUAUGAACUUCGGCUCUGCUUUUGUGUUGGUUUGGUUCUGCUUGAUUAUUUGAGCACUAGCGUUUUGAUGUAAUAUUUACCCUCGUCGUGGAGAUCCUCAC